CCUCGCAAAGAGCACAUCGCCACUCUCCUAAAAGCACAACUACUCGCUAAAGACAUGACUCCAAGAAUCACUCCUGAGACUACCCAGCUUUUCCCCUCAAGGUCCACCGUGGCCCAGAGGAAAGAAGCGAACGAACUGAGAAAGACUCUAAAGCCUUUGUUAGAAAAGAAAAGGCGCGCACGUAUCAACGACAGCCUCGGUCACUUGAAGACUCUCAUCCUCCCUCUGGUCGGCAAAGACAACGCUCCAUACUCAAAGCUUGAGAAAGCCAAUAUUCUGGAGAUGACCGUCCGAUUCCUCAGAGAUCUCCCUUCAUCCCCAGUCAAAAGUUCAUCAGACAGCUACAAAGAAGGGUACAAAGCCUGCCUGCAUCGCGUCACCGCUCUGAUCCCCAAAACGAACCUGGACAAGGACGCGUGCCAGCGGGUGAACGACUUCAUCCAACAGUCCAUGUCUGCGUCCGUCGACCCAGCUUGUCAGAACUGUUGCGCCCAGAGCUCCAGGGCUUUCCCCCAGAUUCAGCAGAGACUCCUGAGCCUCAAAGCCAACGUUGGCUCCAGAAUCGAGAGCCACACGAACUCGCUUCCCAACCGGCCCCAGCCAGUGCCACAAGCUGUCAAUGCUAACAUGUGGAGACCCUGGUAGAUUAGACAGAGGCUCCCUUUGCAUUGUUUUGUGAUUAAUCUUUAUCAUAUAUAAUUUAUUUAAUUUAUACUCCAGAAAAUAACUGAUGUGAAAGCUGUUAGAUGUAGAUAUUAACUGGAAGAGAUGAGGGAGUUAUUACAUAUUUGGCUAGUAAUGUAUUUAUUCACAGAAAAACCAGAUGAGCACAGAUUUUAUGAGCAGACAAAUUCUAUGAUCUUUGUUAGGCUAAAUGCAAUCCUCUUUGGGGUUUCCAAGAUUUGGGUUGUAGACAACACAAUUGUAAAACCCCAAGGGUUAUUUUGUUUGAGGUUUGCACUAUUGACUUAAGUAUUUUUGGUCUGUGCAAAGGAGUAGACUGUAAACACUGUGUGUUAUAGUAAUGUAUUAUUUAUUAUAUGAAAACAACACAAUUUAGUGGAUGUAUCCUAUGACACUUAAAAUAUUGUAUCAUUGAUCAUAUACUUUCAA